AUGAGAGAGACUCUUACUGGCCAAUGGCUUUUUAUUGAUAGUAUCGGCGACGAAACUCAGCGCAUGUUUUACGAGCUAAUAAUGCUUGGAAUACCCGGUUUUCCAUUUACGGAUCUUCGCCCAGCAGAUGAAUUUUAUGGCAAUCUGACUGCAAUCUUGGAUGUCUACUCGUCAUUCAUGGACGUUACUCGCUUCAAUAUUGAAGGUGAGCAACAUGUGUGGCUGACUCGCGACGACUAUAGAAACGCAACGAGCUUAGAUGGUCAGUUUCUUGGCGAUGUUUUGGUGGAGUGGCUAUCGAACACGAACAGCUUACUAAGUGAAGUUGAUCAAUCAUCGUCAGAUUCUCCAAACACUGCGACAAUUACGAGAAGCAGUCCGACAACAACUUCUACCGCCAACACUCCCACUCCGAUGCAUUGUUAA